AGCAUUUGCAGAUAUUGAGGGCUGUUGGGAAGCUGGUUCUGCACGGUUUAGGAGCUUGGGCCUCGGAACAUAUGAGAAAACAUGGCGCCUCAGCUGUUCACCGAUGAAGUUGUUUAAAAGCUGAUUGCUUUAUGAAAACUUCUUGAUGUUAUCAAGAUAUGAUUGUUCAACCCCCUUUUCAGUCACCUGAAUGCUUGUCAUACAUACACGGUUCUUGCCAUGCACAAGUCAGUCUUGUUGGCUGUGGUCCAGCCUUCCCCCUCUGCAGCCUUUGGGGUGAUUGUAGAGUGUAUAGAGGUGACAUUCAAGUCACCAGAUUUUUUCUUCAUGUGGGCCCAUUGGGCCCAUGUGUGAUCUGACAAUGAGAUCCGAGAUCGCUGUCAAUGGGUUCUAGCGCGUAUCGGGGCUUUCUGAGAUUGCUUGAGAAAUGGCCAGCUGACCACACAAAAUCGGGAAGAGAUCUAGGCGAGUACAUCCGCGUUUGCGUCGCCGACGCCUUCCGGCAUGAGGAGCGCAGCUCGGUCGAUGAGAAGGCCUGCAGGCGGCAGCUGGAGAGCCUAUCGAGGAUCGCCAACAACCACCACCUCCACAGCGCCCGGCGGAGCGGCACAGGCACGGGCUCGGGCCUGAGCGUGGACCAGUGCCACCAGCUGAUGACCAACGAGUUCCUGCAGCAGCUGGAGACGCUGGACCAGGGCUGGAUGAAGCGCAUCUCGCUGUCGGUGGGCGCACGGAAGUGAACGCGGACCUCGCUAGUGCGGCCCGCAUCCGCUAGGUAGACUGUGUGCGGUGCGCGUGGACUGGCAGACGGGACGUGCGGAGUGCGGCGCGGCCUGACCGGCCCCGCGAGCAGUGCGUGUCUGUGUCUGUAACCCGGCCGAGGCCCGUCGUCUGACGGACGGCCGCCGAGCCGCUCGG